AUGACGGCCUCGUGUUUUCGGACGACCAUCGGCCGCCUGGUUGCGUUGGGCACGAUUCUUACGAUUGUGACUUUUCAGUAUAUUGCAGUAAAGUCGAAGUCUCAACUGAGCUUCUACGAACUUAUCCUACAACUCAGUUCUUGCAUCCUACUUUGUAACUUCUUAGUCGUCGUUGCGCGCUGGGCAGUUUAUGAACCCAUCCAGGGGCUCAAGGACAAUGACAGCCUACCAUAUAUCAACGUCAUCAUUCCCGCAUACAACGAGUCUGAGUUCGUGAGAAACUCGAUAUCCUCCGUGUUAUCCUCAGACUAUCCCAGAGACAAGGUUCACAUCAUUGUCGUUGAUGACGGCUCAACCGAUGACACCUGGUCUCACAUACAACACGAACUUCCUCCAAAAUAUUCAGCUCAACAUACAACAAUCCGGCACAAGAUCAACCGUGGAGAACGCCAAGUUAUGGUCACAGCCCACGAAGUGGCCAAGAGCGAGAUACUCGUGACUCUGGACUCCGAUACCAUUCUCGACAGGCAUACUCUCCGGAAUUUGGUCAGCCCCUUCAUUCUAGACAGCGACGUCGGAGGCGUCACCGGACACCUCUCCGUCUUUAACAUCCAGUCUCAAGGAUGGGAUAGCUUCAUCCCUCGUAUCCUUGACUGCCUCUUUGAGCAAAACGGCAACAUCCCGCGAGCAGCCCAGUCGAAGCACGGAUUCAUCACCAUUCUCCCAGGCGCCAUCUCCGCGUUCCGUAGAGACGCCAUCCUGCCGCACACCAAGGCUCUCGUGGACAAGAGGUUUCUCGGGCGACCGAUGAGGCAUGGCGAAGACGUGCAGCUCACGAUGGGACUCCUGCGUGAUGGCUGGCGUCUCAAGUACCAGAGCAAUGCCGUUGGAUACACCGUCGCGCCCGAGACAUUUCUAAAGGCUUUCCUCAUGUACGUUCGCUGGGAGAGGAGCAACUACACCUAUUGGAUGCUCGGGCUUGUUCCAGGCACAGUAGCAUUUACAUUCGAUGACGACUCGUGGACCGAAAAGGAUGACAUACUGUCGCUAUUUGCACAGCGAAACGCACAAGCUUCCUUCUUUCUAAGGAGUACGCCAUGGACCACAGAUGUAAUAAAAGACGACGGCGGUGAAUCCGGGAUACAGAAGCUGCACGAGAACGGGCAUCUGAUUGGACUUGGCACUUCGAGUCGUCGUCCUCGCAGCGAUGCGGAACAACAGGAGCUUCUCAAGGCCCGCCAGAAGGUUUACACAGUCUUGGGAGCCUCUCCCGCCUCUGACGACCUUCGACCGCAGUACAUUUGGCCGUCCCCGAGCGAUUGCACAGUACGAAACGGCUGUGUUGAAAAGUUGACGAUAAAUGAGUACAAGCAGCAGAUCCUAAACGAGAUUCUUUCCUCGUUCCGAUACGAGGGCUUCGGAAAGAGAAUAACCACAGUAUCGGUGAUCUACUAG